ACCUAUAUCUAUGUAUGUAUUUAUGCGUGUGUGCGAGUGUAACGAUUUGUCCUUGGAUGUGCUAGUAGUUAAUGUGGGGGGCAGCAGUGACACCCCCCACCCCGACCACAUGAACAAAGCCGCCGGGGAUAAAGCCAAGAGGCCCCCCAGCUGUCCCCAGAACGAGGGGCCACACGUCCAAGAGACCAGCACGUGCCCAACCGGCCAAGGUGCAUGCGAGGAAGCACCGAGACAACAGCCCCCUACAUGAAGAGCCCCACCAGAGGCCAUCAGACAGGAAGCCACCGACCCAGCCCACAACCCCCACCCCCAGUGCAAGCUGGGUUCAGAACCAAGGAGGCCCGGAAGCCAGACACCCGCGCACAUCCCCCCUGGCAGGAGGCCCACCGUGCACCUAUGGCCGAUACAUAGGGCUCAAGGUCUGAUUUGUAAGUGAACUCAUUAUUUAAAGUGUUUCGCAUGUGUCAAUGUGGAAAGACAGUUGGCAAAAUAGUGUAGGAAUGUAGAAACUGGUAGUUAUGGUCUUGCUGGAAGAACAGAAUUACAAACUGGGCAUAAAGCAGUGAGUUGUGUUGUUUACAGAUUUGCAAAAAGAGUGUAAUGAAAUUACAAAGUGAGUGUAAAGGGGAGAAUGUGCAUCCGGUUUGACACACUUGCUAAAUGCAUUGGCUACAUGUGUUAAUGGCUUCAGAGAUUGUGCUUCAUGAAUGACUGAUAGUGUUUAAGCAUUCAAAGAAAAGUACAAGUUUUAAGAAAUACUCUUAUAAUAUUGAGAAUUUUAAGCAUGUUUCAUGAAAUGUGCCAAAGUAAUGGAGAAAAACUAUAGAUAGAAAGAAAGGAAGGAAGAAAGAAAGAAAGAAAGAAAGAAAGAAAAAAAGAAAGAAAGAAAGAAGGUAUGAAGUGAAAGUUCCCUUUUCAGAUUUUUAUGUCAGCGAUCUCUGGUCCAGACAGUCUGUCGGUAUAUCUGCUCCUGUGAGUCAGCGAUACCUGAGACAUGUCUGAUGAGUCUGUUUAUUGUGAUAUGGCUUCGGUUGCCGGACUGAAAGGGGCUCCCCGGUCCGUGUCUGAAGUCAAAAAGAACGAAGAAACCGUUUAUGCAGAAGCGAAGAAAGCAGAACUAGCUCCAGUAGAGACACAUCCUGAGCCAGACGAUUCCCGGACAACUGGUCAGGAAACUUGGUCCCCUGCUCAGGCUCCAGAGAAACCUGAGCACAGAUAUCAGCCCCAGCAGUGCGCUGUAGUAUUUCUAAGCCUCACCUGUGCUUUUUUACUGGCUGGCAUCAUCGCUCUCUCUGUCUGCUGGCAACUCAGAAAGGAAAAUGGUGCCCUUAUGGAAGCCAAUCAGCAGCUACAAGAGCUUAAAAAGAACCUCACUGCUCUGAAGGAGUCACUGGAGAGUGAGAACACACAGCUGCGAAAGGAUCGGACUUUGAUGAAGACAAGAUGCUCACACUGCCCAAGUGGCUGGACGUUCAACAAUUCAAAGUGUUACUUCGUGCCCCUUGAUCAAACGUGGAAAACGUGGAACGACAGUCGUCUUGAAUGUAUCAAAAUGGGGGCUGAUCUGCUAACGAUACAAAACAAGGAAGAACAGAUGUUCAUCAUGAACCUUGCACCUACAUACUUUGACGAAUGGCAUGGUUACUGGAUCGGACUGACUGGAAAUGCAAAGGAUUGGGUCUGGAUCGAUGGCUCUUCACUGACCACAGGGUUCUGGGCAGAUAAUGUAAGCCAGACUAAAACUCACGUUUUAACAAACACUGGCCAUGAAACCAAAACUCCGAACAGCUGGAGAUCAACACCACCUAACAUGCUUAACCAGUGGAUCUGUGAGAACAGGGCCCUGCUGUUCUGAGGUCCGUUAGUGGCACCUGCUCUCCGCUGGUCUGCUGGAUGGAGGCCCCUGAUGCUGCUGGGACCAGCUACCUGUGUAACAGUUCUGCCUUCAGACAAAUGUCUGUCAUAGAUGUGAAAAAGCAGAUAAACGUCACAAAAAAAAACAAAUAAAAGUUCAGGAAGGA